UCAGUCAGCGUUUGUUGUCAGAAUACUUCUGACAACAAAUGACACCAAACGCUGACUCUAUGGUCGUUCUAAUUUUUACAUAAACUUUGAAGUUUCAACUUAUUUUUUUUAAUUAGAACCUACCUACCUCAAUUUAUAAUUUCCAAUUUUACUAAAGGGUGUUAAUGCGAAAUGUCUAAACUACCAACAGUAGUUCAUUGGUUUCGGUUGGAUCUUCGUUUACAUGAUAAUCUUGCACUGCGUAACGCAAUAAACGAAGCUGAAAAUCGUAAACAUAUUUUAAAACCAAUCUACGUAGUCGACCCCGAUAUUAAAAAUAAAAUUGGCGCCAACAGACUACGAUUUCUAAUACAAAGUCUACAAGAUCUAGAUUUAAACCUUCGUAAAAUUAAUUCACGUUUAUUUAUAAUAAAAGGUAAUGCUGUUCAAUGUUUACCACAAAUCUUUGAAAAGUGGAAUGUUAAUUUUUUAACACAACAAGUAGAUAUUGAUGCUGAAUUAGUCAAACAAGAUGAAGUAAUAGAUCAAGUAUGUGAAGAAAAUGAUAUAUUUGUAGUUAAGAGAAUGCAACACACAGUGUAUGAUUUCAACAGUGUGAUAAAAAAGAACAAUGGCAGUAUUCCAUUAACUUAUCAGAAGUUUCUUUCCUUAGUAGCUGACACCCAAGUAAAAGAUACAAUAGAGAUUUCAAAAAAAAUUUUAGAAGAAUGCAAAUCAACAGAUUUUGAAUCAAAUGAAUACAAUGUACCUUCAUUAGAAGACGUAGGUAUUGAUGAUUCAGAACUAUUAGAAUGUAAGUAUCCCGGAGGGGAGACUGAAGGGUUAAAAAGACUUAAUGUAUACAUGGAAAAAAAACAAUGGGUUUGUAGUUUUGAGAAACCAAAUUCUUCCCCAAAUAGUAUUGAGCCUAGUACAACAGUUUUAAGUCCAUACUUGAGUCAUGGUUGCUUAUCAGCAAAGUUAUUCUAUCACAAACUAAAACAAGUUGAGAAUGGAAUGAAGCAUACCCUGCCUCCAGUAUCACUUAUGGGUCAACUUAUGUGGAGAGAAUUUUAUUAUGUAGCAGGAGCUGGCACAAAAAACUUUGAUAAAAUGGUGGGAAAUACUGUAUGCACACAAAUACCUUGGGGAAAAAAUGAGGCACAUCUUAAAGCUUGGGCAGAAGGAAGAACUGGUUAUCCUUUUGUGGAUGCAAUCAUGAGGCAGCUCAAACAAGAAGGGUGGAUUCAUCAUUUGGCUCGCCAUAUGGUUGCUUGUUUUCUAACCAGAGGAGAUUUAUGGAUAUCAUGGGAAGAAGGAGCUAAGGUGUUUGAGGAUUAUCUACUUGACUAUGAUUGGUCUUUAAACGCUGGAAAUUGGAUGUGGUUAUCAGCAUCUGCAUUUUUUUAUAAAUAUUUUAGAGUUUAUAGUCCAAUUGCAUUUGGCAAAAAAACAGAUAAAGAAGGUCUUUAUAUAAGAAAAUAUGUACCAGAGUUAAAAAAAUAUCCGAGUGAAUUUAUUUAUGAGCCCUGGAAGGCUCCAAAAUCGGUACAGAGAACUGCAGGUUGCAUAAUAGGUGAAGAUUAUCCAAAUAGAAUUGUUGAUCAUGAUAAAGUUCAUAAAGAUAAUAUACAGAAAAUGAAUGCAGCAUAUAAAGUUAAUAAAGAAAAGAAAGCCUUAAAACGAAAAAGAUGAUAUUUUUAAAAAAUUGCUAUUAGGUGUCUUAACAUUUUAUGUAAAAAAAUAUUAAUAAAAUUGAUGAGCCGGUUGGCGUGGUUGGUGGAUGCUUGCCUUUCACACCGAUAAGUUUGAUACCCACCCAGGACAAAUAUUUGUGUGCAUGAACAUGUGUGUUUGUCUUGAGUCUGGGUGUAAUUAUCCAUAUAAGUAUGUUAUUACAAAAAAACAAAAAUGAAGUAGUAUAUAAGUUGUUUGGUUUCUAUAGUACAAGCUCUGCUUAAUUUGGGAUCAGAUGGCCGUGUGUGAAAAAUGCCCCAGGAUAUUAUUAUUAUUAAUAAGAUUUGUUAAACUUUAUUUUGAUAUGCUUCUUUUUUUUAAUAUUAUGGUAA